GUUUUGAAAAAUCAGCCACACACUCCUUUUAAUUUUUAUUUAUUUAUUUAUUUCAUUAUAUCUUGCAACACAACAACCAGCAAAUUAGUAAUUUAGUAUCACUUGCAAGAUGCCCACACACAGCACUAGAAACCACAUUACCACGGCCAUGGACAUGAUAAUCCGACCAAACGUACCUUGUGGCAUCGUCGGAUUGCUCUUUCUCUACCUUCUUUUCUCCAUAACAAGAAGGCACCGUAGGAAUAAAACAACGACAAGAGAAGCACCACCAGAAGCUGGCGGCGCGUGGCCUGUGAUUGGGCACCUCCACCUCUUGGGUGGGCCAGAUCCACCGCACAAAACAUUAGGCAACAUGGCCGACAAAUACGGACCAAUAUUCACCAUAAGGCUUGGGGUUAACCCAACUUUGAUUGUGAGCAGUUGGGAGGUCGCCAAGGAAUGCUUCACUGUGAACGACAGAACCUUUGCAAGCCGUCCAAAAUUCGUAGCCGGCGAAGUCAUGGGCUACAAUUUCAGCAUGCUCGCAGCCAGUCACUACGGAUCCUACUGGCGUAACGUGCGCAAGAUCCUAACACUGGAGCUCCUCUCCAACCAUCGCCUCCAGAUGCUCAAACAUCUGAGAGAAUCCGAGGUGAAGUCGGCCAUGAAAGAUACGUACGAUCGUUGGUUAGAGUUGAACACCAAAACUGGUCGGAAUUUGCAAGCGGUGCCUCCCCUGUCAUGUGAGAUGAAGAAAUGGUUUGGAGAUAUAACCUUAAACGUUGUGUACAGAAUGGUAGUAGGAACUCGUUUUGCCGAGACUGAAGGCAAAGAAACGAUUCGGAAAACACUAAGGGACCUAUUCGAUCUAAGCGGAGCAUUCUUGAUAUCAGACGCGUUGCCGUACUUGAGGUGGCUGGAUUUGGGUGGGCAAGAGAAGGCCAUGAGGAAGACAGCGAAAGAGUUGGACCAGUUUGUUCAGUUUUGGGUGGAUGAACACAGACGAAGCAGGGACGACUCUGGUCCUGGACAAGGCAAGGCCAAGCACGGCAAUUUCAUGGACGUCCUUCUUUCCAACGCUCAUGAAGCUGAGAUGAUUGAUGGCCCGGAUUCUAAUACUAUGAUUAAAGCCACAAGCCUAGUCCUAAUUUUAGCGGCAACGGACACAACAACAGCGACGUUAACUUGGGCCCUGUCUUUACUGAUGAACAACCGUGACAUCCUGAAGAAGGCAGUUCAUGAAGUAGACACUCAAGUUGGAGGAGAAAGGUUGGCAUCAGAAUCAGACAUAAAGAACCUACCAUAUCUACAAGCCAUCCUCAAGGAAACCUUGCGCUUGUACCCAGCCGCGCCACUCGACGUGAUGCACAAGUCCGUGGACGAUUGCACAGUGGCAGGGUACCACAUACCCACCGGCACCCAUCUCUUGACCAACCUCUCAAAAAUCCAUCGAGACCCCCGUGUUUAUGAAGACCCAUUGGAGUUCAGGCCAGAGAGAUUCCUGAGUAGGCACAAAGAUGUGGACUUGAGGGGCAAGCAUUUUGAACUGAUUCCCUUUGGCGCGGGCAGAAGAAUGUGCCCUGGAAUCUCCUUUGCUCUCCUGAUGAUGCAACUCACACUCGCCAAUCUGCUGCAGGGCUUCCAUAUUGAAACCCCUGAUAACCAACCGGUGGAUAUGAGCGAACAGGUCGGUCUGACCAACAUCAAAGCCUCACCUCUCCGAGUCCUUCUCACCCCACGUCUCUCCCCUCAUCUCUACGCAUAACGCACAAAAACCGGAACGAGAUUCUGUCCUGUUGAUUUUCCUCCUGGUUUUUGCUGGUUAAUGUCAAAUGUGAUAUUAUAAUAAAUAUAUUAAAUAAAUAAGUCCAAAAAAUUAUUUAAGCUAUUAACAUAAUUUCUAGAGCACCGGGAGAGAAGCAGGAGGAGUGACGGGGAGAGAAGCUGCUUCCGGAAAAACUAUCGACCAUCUUGGCUAUUAAUCAUGUACGUGUUUUUAACUUCUGGAUAAACAUCUCCUGAGGCUCUGCUUUUUAUAUUUGUAGCUUUUUUUAUAUAUAACCUCGGACUUAAAAUA